AUUAAUUUUUUAUUUAGUUACCAUAAUUAGUUUGAGAAAUUUUUGUUCUCGCUAUUUAGUACAAGUUAAUUUUUUCAAACAAUGUGUAGAUGUCAUUUAUCGAAAAACGAUGAGAUUCAACUAUUUUCUUUGAUAAAUUUUAAAACAAAUCUUGAUGUGCAUCGAUUUACAUGUUUUAUUAUUAUCGUUACAAUUGUAAAGUAUACGAUAAAUUACAAUAAUUAAUACAUCAAUAACAAUUUAUUUUUCAAGUUAAAAAAAAAAUUCCAUUUGAAUAGAGAGAAGAAUAGACAGAAUUGAAUCGAUAUAUAUCAAAUUUUCAAAUAAAUAAUUAUAAAAGAAAUUUUAUAAUUCUAUUAAAACAAAAAGCGCUUUUUUUCAUCAUAGUAUUUGUAUUAAGUAUAUUGAUAGCUGCAUCGUACGUUUCAUUUACCAAAAAAAAUUAACAUACAAACAAUCGUGCGAUUCAUUGUCGGUAUAUUUUAUACGAAAAGCGCUUAUCUUCGAAAUAAAGUCCCGUGCCUUUUGUAUCUUUGCAAUUCUCUAACAUAACACAUGAUGAUUGUUGAAAAAAUAAUAAUGGUAAAAUAUGAAAUAUAAUAAUGACCAAAUAUAAAAUGGAACGAUUCCGAUGUAGUAAAAAAAUAUUAUCGAGCAACAUGAUUUUUUAGGAUUUUUAUUUUAUUUAAUUAUUAUCUGUUCAAAUUAUUGUUAAAUAAUUGAGUUCGACAAUUUUUAUUCAAAUUUAAUCGGUACUGCUAUUUUAGAGAAUUCCUUAAUAAAUCAAAUUUCAAAAUUAAUAUAUAUCAAUGAUUUAUUCCUUUUAUUAUUUUCAAUUUGUGAUUGAAUUUCUAUAUAAUUAAUAUUGGAUAAUUUUAAAGAUAUUUAACAUAAAGUAUUACAUAAUAUCUUAUAUUUUAUAUUACAAUUAUUAUUAUACUUUUAAGUAAUUUCUAUUUAUUAUUUGUGAUAAUUUGAUUUAUUUAUUUUAAAUGAUUUUCUUUAAAAAUCUGCAAAUUAACAUUUAAUAGUCAGUUAUUGUAAUCAAAUGAUAAGAAGGAUAUUAAGAGAUAAUGGAUGGACGCAAUUAAAUUAAAUAAUAAUGAUGUAGUAUAAUUGUUUAUUAAUUUGAAAGCUUAUCAAUUUCGAUUCAUCUAAAAUAAAUAAAAAUUUACAAAGACUAAUGGUAAAUUUUUAUUAUGAUAAAUAAUUAUUAUAAAUUAACGCUCUUAUUAUUAUUGAUUAAAAUAUGUUAUAAAUUAUAUUAAUAUGUACCUACCAAAUACUAUACCAUACUUUGAAUAAUAUAAUAAUAUAUAAUUUAAUUAUGUAAUAUUGUUAUAUUAAACAUAUAAUGUGACUACAGAUAAAGUUUUAUUUAAAAUCUUUUUUUUUAACAUAGAAUAAAGAUUUCCUAAAAAUGGAUCGUUCCCAAAAAUAAUAUCACUAAAUAUAUUAAAAAAUAAUAUACAUAAUGAAAUUAUUUUAUGUUUAGCACUAUAUAAAAUUGAAUGAUUUUGAAAUCAUUUUCUUCAUAACAUACUUGAGAUAGACGUAAGCGCAUAAGAGGGCGGUAUUGUAAUAGCGACUGCGCAAUCAAUCGAAAUAGCAUGAUACAAUAUACAUGUAUAGUACAGAGGUGGGGAUAUUUCUUCUAGUAUCUCUCUCGUUUCAUUCGUUAGUACGGUUUUUAGUAAGUUCGAAUUUAUACAAGAUUUAUGAUGUUUAAUCGCGCUUAAAUCGUAAAUAAUAAUAACGAAAUAUGCAAUAUUUAAUUUAUUUUGCUUUUUCAUAAAAAAGUUCAUAUAUGUUCGUAUGUGAAUGCGCCUCAAUUUUAUAUUUUUCUAUAUUUUGUCGUACUGUUAUCAAUAUGUGUCACUGAGUUUUUUCAAUCACAAAUUUACAUAUCUCGACAAUUAUAUGAAAAAUGUCGAAAUCGGGUGACAAACAAAGUUACGCGCAGACAUAUAAACUUGUUGUUGUUGGUGCGGGUGGUGUCGGAAAAUCUGCGAUCACAAUACAAUUCAUUCAAAGUUAUUUUGUAACUGAUUAUGAUCCAACAAUUGAAGAUUCUUAUACCAAACAAUGUGUUAUUGAUGAUAUUCCUGCAAAACUUGAUAUAUUAGAUACAGCAGGUCAAGAAGAAUUUAGUGCAAUGCGAGAACAAUAUAUGAGAAGUGGUGAAGGUUUUCUUCUUGUAUUUUCAAUAACUGAUCUUUCAUCUUUUGAUGAAAUAUUAAAAUUUCACAAGCAGAUACUUAGAGUAAAGGAUCGAGAAGAGUUUCCUAUGCUUAUGGUUGGUAACAAAGCUGAUUUGGAUUAUCAUAGAGUUAUUGAAGUUGAAGAAGCACAAAACAGAGCUCGCCGAUUAAAAAUUCCUUACAUUGAAUGUAGUGCAAAAUUAAGGAUGAAUGUUGAUCAAGCUUUUCACGAAUUAGUGAGAAUUGUUAGAAAAUUUCAAUUGUCUGAAAGACCACCAUUAGAACUAAAUUAUAAGAAAAAUAAAAAAAAAUGUUGUAUGCUAUAAUACCUAAUGUGUUCUUAAAUAAUAAAUUUUUGUACCAAUAAAAUGGUACAAAAGUUACAAAAUAAUUGAAUUACAAACAAAAUUGUGGAAUAAAUAGAAUCUUCAUUAUUACUAAAAACAAUUAAAUUGAAAUUUAUAAUUAUAAAUAAGGAAUUUUUGAAAUACUUUUAAUAAUAAUAUUUAUAAAGAAUAUUUUGAAACAAAUAUUUUAACUAUAUAAUAUCAAUCUCGCGAAUAUCAUAAAUAUUUUGUACUCAAUUAAAAACAAAUUAAACGAUAGCAUUUAUGGAAUAUGUAAUACGAAUUUACAAAUCAUAAUUUUAACUAUAUAAAUAGUAAAAAUAACUGACAUUUUAUUAAAAAUACAUCGGUAACAAUGUAAGUUUUAUAUUAAAUAUAUUAAUAUAUUUAAUAUUA